UCAACAUUUUGUAGCGGGUGGGUCAAUAUAUUAUCUUAUUUCUCUAGAAUCAGCUUUUUCAGUUUUAUUUACAACCAAUUUUGUUUUGGGGUGUACCCAAAAAAUAUCUUCUGUGGAUAUCCGUAUUAACAGAAAAGAUCAGCAGAGGUCGAUUCACUGAAAGAUAAAAGGUCGAGUUGGUGUUGACUUCUGGUGACCACAGCGCCCUGUGGUUUUCUUUGGUAGAAUACAGGGCUGUCCUUAGGGCAUGGCAAGCAGGGCAACUGCCCUGGACCCCGCUCUUUUAACCCCCAUUAGAAUUAACUGGAAGGGGGCCCUGCACUGGCUUAUGUGUCCUGGGCCCUGCACCCCACCAGGGCUUUCUAAAGACAGCCCUGAGGGGUUUACCACUGCCAUCUCCCAUGCAGUGUGAGAUGAUGCCUUUCAGCAUCUUCCUAUAUUGCUAUAGGUGUUUCCGGGAUUCAAACUGGCAGCCUCUGGCUUGCCAGUCAAGUCCUUUCCCUGCUGUGCUGUUAGGUGGCUCACUGAAAGGUACUCACCGUUUUUUACAUUUUGUCUCUGCUCAGCCGGGCUCCGCCGCUUUCUCUCCCUGCCGCUUCCCCCCUCCCUUCCACCUCAGUCCGUUCCCUGUCGUUCCGGAGGUCACCGUUCUCCUCCUGCCACCGGCAGCGCUCUCUCUCCCCACCGGGCUCCCUCCCUUCCUCCUCGCCAUUUUAACUUGCCUGCCUCCUCUGCCAGGGUGCGCUGCUGCCGCCAGGCUCCCUUGUGGAGCUGCCAUCCACCACCAUUAUUUCUCCCCACCACCUCCUCCUCCCACCUCAUUGCCGCCGCCAUUUUUUCUUGUCGCCACCACCUCCUCCUGCCUCCUCCUCCUGGCCAGCAGUCUCCCUCUCUGGGUUCACCACUGGUCAUGGCUUCAGGGGACGUGGCUUGCCACAUCCCCACACAUCCCCCUGUUGUGGGAUCAGGGGGGGCGUGGCUUGCCAUAUCCACACAUCCCCCUGGUCUGUCUACAGGAAUUAAUGAGAUAGAAGAUAGAUUCCUUACAGCCAAACAGCCCCCGCACAGACUAUUAUGCAGAUGAAUCCAGUUUACAAUACUGUACUUACAACAAUACUAUAGGAGCAAAUCACAUGCCAGCGUGGUGUAGUGGCUAGAGUGCUGGACUAGGACCGGGGAGACCUGAGUUCAAAUCCCCAUUCAGCCAUGAAACUAGCUGGGUGACUCUGGGCCAGUCACUUCUCUCUCAGCCUAACCUACUUCACAGGGUUGUUGUGAGGAGAAACUCAAGUAUGUAGUACACCGCUCUGGGCUCCUUGGAGGAAGAGCAGGAUAUAAAUGUAAUAAUAAUAACAACAUGCUAGGUGUUACGAGUGUAUUGAACUGCUCUGCUGUCUUUUGUAAUUCGAUUAGUUCCAUACACUCUCGCUAGUCUAUAGCUAUAAAACAUGUUCAGAAUCCCGACGUGACUGCCAGUGAGUGAGGUAGGGGCGGAGUUCUGGGUUUAGCUUUCGGAUUCGUGAGGCACCGAGGGAAGCUGUUAAGUGCCAAAUGAUAUUUCAAAAAUUCCGCAUGCUGGGAGUUGGUGCUUGACUGGAGAAACUACCUUUUUUUAAAAAAGUCUGCAUUCCAGCGAAGCUCACCUUUACUCCGUGUAUACAGGCAAAUGCGAGGCAGAAGCUAGUGGGUCGAGCAGCAGAAAAACGAUGCAAUUUACAGAUGAUUCUCUGGCCCGAAGCUGUUCGCCAUUUUCUUGGCUCCAGAAUAGCAGUUCCACCAGCACGUUGUUCGUAAAGCGAGCAUGUGUCAUCGGCCUCGGCAGUUCCACCCGACCCGAGCAAGGAGGCCAACAAUGCUGGGGCUUGUACGGCGAUGGAGGCGGGCUCGCUGCUGACACUCGGGAGGAGGACGCCGCUUCCUCCCUCCUCGUCUGGCUGUCCGCUCCUUAGUUGCUUUGCAUGUCCUUGAGCAGCCGUCGUGCCAAGAUUUCUUUCUAAGGUUUCCCUAGUCGAGAGCAGCGCUCAUGGCUCGCUUUGAAGGAGGAGUGGGUGUUUAAUGGUGCCCUUCUAUAAGCCCGUACAGACGACAACUUUAGCACAUAUCUGCAUCGGCGUGGUAAAAUCUUUCCAUUACUACCGCGUGACAAAGGUACUCUUUAGGCAAAACCCCGAAGCAGUCACGUGGGAGCCGCUCUUUCGUCAGGUAGCCCCAUGAGGUGGGGGGGCUGUGGCGUCCGAGUGCCCAGAGAGCCAAUUCUGGGGCCCUUUCCCACACAACGCCAGCCCUAUUUAUAGGAGUAUUCGGCAGGCGAAGGUUCUGUGGGGAAAGACCCACGUGCUAUGUGUUUUUCACACGUGGCCUGUGAUAGGGAUUUCUAGAGAGACAACCUCAUAUGCCUCCUUUAUGUUGUUGAAUAUUAAGAGAGAGAAAACCCUGCUAACUGGCAGUUUUCAGAUAUUGAGUAUCUUUAUAUUAAGCAGCAAGAGAACAACUAACAACAUCCUGUUGCUGGUGUCUAAUGUUUCUUUUUAGAUUGACUCACAAUGUGUGCAACAUAUGAGCCUCCCCCCAGACCAAUUGAGACAUUUGUUUUUAUGGAUCUAGAAGCAACUGGUUUGCCACCUUCUCGACCUAAAAUCGCAGAAAUGUGCCUCUUUUCUGUUAAUAGACAUGCCUUAGAGAAUCCUCAGUACAGCAACUCUUUUCCCAAACCAACUCCUCUCUUCCCUCACUUAGUAGAUAAACUCUGUAUCUAUAUUAAUCCAGACAAGCCAUUCACCCCAACAGCAAGUUCCAUCACAGGACUGAAUAAUGAAGUGUUUGCUAAUAACAAAAAACAAAGCUUUAACUUGCACGUUUUCCACAUGAUCACAGCUUUCUUCAGUCGGCAGCACCCGCCAAUCUGCUUGGUAGCACACAAUGGCUAUGGCUACGAUUUUCCAUUGUUAAAAGCUGAACUGUCUGCACUGGGCAUCUCAGCUCUGGAUGAAAUCUAUUGUGCAGAUACUAUUAAAGCCAUGAAAGCCCUGGACAGAGAGAACAACCAGCUCCACCAGUUCCUAUACCAACCUAGCCCAAUUGGCAGCAAGAAAAAAUAUGGCCUUCGGGACUUGUAUUUUAAGUUCUUCAAAGUAUAUCCUCUAAACAGUCACAGUGCAGAAGGGGAUGUCAUCACACUAAUAAGCAUCUUUCAACAACGUGCCAGAGAUCUUAUGUGCUGGAUGGAUUUAAAUGCAAGGCAGUUUAAUACCAUUAAAAACAUGUAUAAAGAGAAUGUGAGAUAUGCUUCGUUUUCCAAAACACCCAUGAACAUUCAGCCAGUUCCUCCCAGUCUUUUACAGGACCAGCCACGGCGAAGGAUAACAACAGUCCAUCCAGCUAUUCUUUAUCCAGUAGAUAAUGGUAUUGAUCCAACAGAUAACGAAUAUACUCCACUUUACCACAGAAUUUCUGAACUUCCUGACGAAAUUAAGAAUACGUUGCUUCUGUUUAUUGGGUUAAUUGUAAUAGUAUGGAUUGCACUAAAAACCCCUGUAUAAUCAAAUAAUAUACUUGGAGAUUGUACCCAAUGUCACUUGAGGUUUCUAGGUUCCAUUCUUGUAUCAAGGCAUCCAUAAAGUUACCAGCCCUGUAUGAGGGCAGAAGGGCUGCACACUGACAGAGAAGCUGGACAGUAGCUGUGCUGGAGGCUUCUUCCACAGCUGUGCUCAUGGAGGGAAGUGACGUUCACUUCUCUUCCCUCCCUUCAAAAGUCCUUCUUCCUGUCAGAAGUGUGACCCUUAGAGUAGUGCAGCCAUUGGGGACUCAUUUCUGGCAGCACACAGGGCUUUUGCAAAGAGGGAAGAAAAGCAAGAAUCACUUCCCUCUACCCCUCCACAGGCACUCAGCUGCAGAAGCAGCUUUUAUGCUGCAGCAGCCUCUCUGUGAGUGCGCAGCCCGUCUUCCACCUCUGUAUUGCUUCAGAACAUGUGGGCCACUAAUUUUUGCUUUAUGUUUAUAUAUAUAUAUAUUUUUUACAUCUUUACAUUUAUAUCCUGCUCUUUCUCAAAGGAGCUCAGAGCAGUGCACAUGAUUAUUUUUAUAUUAUAUAUGAUUAUAGCAGUUAUCUGACCCUUUUAAACUCUUGCUUCAUCUUUGUAAAUUAUGAUGAGUAUAAUGUAGAAAGGAAUAUAAAAUGUUCAUAUGCAAGAGGUGUGGGGUUAAACUCUGGCCUGUUGGGGCCAUUGUGGGAAGAAUUCACUAAAGACAGGCCUAAAAUACUAGAGGGAAAUCUAGAGAGAGUAGAGGAAAUAAGUGAUUAAGAACAGCCACCUUAAUUCCCCAGACAAAACUGUACCAAUACUUAGUAGAGAAAAGGGGAAGCUGAGGUAACCCGGGAAGCCAAAGAAGAGAGUCACAGGGCCUUCUGCGAAUCUGUGGAGUAAUGAGGAAAAAUGAACUACUGCUAAACAAAGAGUGUUUGGGAUUAAGUGCUCUCAUUAGCUUCUAGCCUCCAAAAUUUACUUGGGUUUUAGAGAAGGCAGAAUAUUUAUACAGAAUUACUUGCUUGAUAUAAAGAGAGAAAAAACCAAGCAAGAUACUACAGUGGUACCGGUGAUAGCUUAAAAUGUUAGUUUGUAUAUGACAGGCUAAGGUGUGCCGUCUCCCAUGGUGGUAUUUCAUUCAGGUCCUAAGAAGACAUAAAUAGAUUAUUUCUAGGACAUUGCAACUUGUAAUCUGCAAUAGCAAAUAGAAGUGGUAUUUAUUAAGAACUAUCGGUUGAGAUGUUAGGGAAUAUGGUAUCUAGUCCUGAACUCAGCGUUCUUAGCAUGAGGGGGCAAAUUAGAAGACUUGAAUAGUGUUUUGGAGAAACUUACUUAGAAACUACUGUCUAAAAAAAUAUUGAAGGUUAAUUACAGUAAGGUGAGAGGUUCUGUUGGUGGUUCACAGCAAGAUGACAUAGCCCUUUAAGACAAUGGACAAAGAAGAGUCCUCCACUAUUUCACUUCACUGCUCUGUGUGAAAUAGCUGCCUGUAUAAAGACAUAAAAGGUGUUCCAUGGUAUGGGUUUCCAGUAUGGAUGCAAAGCCACUGGUGUUGCUCAUGAAUUUUAAGUCAGGCAUUUACCUUUAAAUGCUCAGAAGAAAAAGGUUCCUUAUUUUUUUGAUAACUUUAAGUAUUGCUUUGUGACACAAUUUUUAAAAUUCCUGUUGUCCUUUAGUCAUAUGCUUCUGUAUGAUUCCCCACCGCAUAUGAAGGUCACCUGAGGAGGUCUUUCUCUAGUUACCACUGGUACGUCUGCGGGCAACUUGAAACCGGGCCUCCUCCUCCUCUGUAGCUGCUCCGGGGCUGUGGAAUGCACUCCCGGCAUAAAUUUUGCUGUUUGUAAUCAUUGUUGGCCGUCAAGUAAUCCCUUAAAACUUAUUUGUUCGGUCUGGCUUUCCAGGGUUUUAAAACUGUUUUUAAAUGUUUUCAACUGUUUUAAUUAAACUGAUUUUGAAUUUG